AUGCUGUGUAGUUUAAGUGGACAAGUGCCGAUCGAGCCCAUCGUAUCGCUCAAAUCAGGUCACGUCUUUGAGAAACGUCUGUUGCUCAAGUACUUGGCCCAAAAUCAGCAACGCUGUCCCAUUACAAGUGAAACACUCGACGCUGAACGUGACUUACUGGCCUUGCAAACCGUUAAAUCUUCGUCUUCCUUGGUCAACAUUAAUGCGACAUUCACACCCGAAGCUGGUAGUAUUCCCCAGCUGUUAUCGACGUUCCAAAAUGAAUGGGAUGCUGUAAUGCUUGAGACGUUUACGCUCAAGCAACAUCUCGAGCAAACACGACAGGAAUUAAGUCACGCAUUGUAUCAACAUGAUGCAGCGUGUCGUGUUAUUGCGCGAUUAAAUGCAGAGAAUGCGACGCUCAAGGAACGAGUGACACAACUUGUAGCAGGUGAACAAGCGGACGUGGAUAUGAACGUCACAUUUGAAACUCUUGGACCUGAAGUACUGGCUACUAUUGAAGCUAAACAAAAGGAAUUAGCCAAGAGACGUAAAGAUUUUAAAAAGAAGGACGGACCACACCGAGCGGCUCUUCUUAGUGGAUUACAAAGCUGGAAAGUGGUCUCAAGUCAUACGCUACAUGGCUCGGACAAACCGGGUGUCACGUGUGUAGCUAUUGACACUCAACGUCCGACAAUUGUAGCUACAGGAGGAGUGGACAAACAGGCCAAGAUCUUUGAUACGGACAAGCAGCAGCUUGUGGCGACGUUGACAGGUCAUACGAAAAAACUUAGUCAUGUUGAGUUUCACCCGACUGUCGACAUGGUGCUUACGGCCUCGUUCGAUAAGACAGUAAAGCUCUGGACCCGACAGGAAGAAGGAUAUAGUGUGGGAUACACACUUGACGGUUUUGCUGAUGCUGUCACAAGUGCUUCAAUCCAUCCGACGGGCAACUAUGUGCUGUCUGGAUCGCUAGAUGCUACAUGGGCUAUUCACGACGUACGUCGUGGCCAGCUACUCUCGCGCUACUCAUUGAACGGCGAGUUGGCGAUGCCUGAUGCAGCGGUGAACACAUACAAGAAGGCGGUUAAUGAGACGCGUUGUGCACGUUUUCAUCCAGAUGGUGGCAUCUUCGGUACGGCAGCCAAGAGCAAAUUGGUGCAAAUGUGGGCGGUAAACUCGCUGUCGAAUGUGGUGACGUUUGAGGGCCAUGCGGCACCUGUUUUGGCUUUGGCUUUUUCGGAGAAUGGGUACCACCUUGCAUCAGGAAGCGAGGAUGGUGUGUUGAAGCUCUGGGAUCUACGCAAGGCCAUGAGCUUUUACGAGCUGGACUUAAAGAAAGAGGAGCCAAAGCUGAAGCUUGGGGCUAUCCAUGCAAUUAGCUUUGAUGCCAGCGGAUCAUACCUUGCGGUGGCGAGCGCACAAAGUGUACAGGUGCUGGCGGAAGUAAGUAAAAACCGCUGGGAGGUGGCCAAGUCGUUUAGCGACCACAAGGCCGCAGUCACGGGCGUCCAGUUUGCACAGGACUCGAGUUUCCUCGCUUCCACAUCCAUGGACCGCUCGCUGAAGAUUUACCGAUAA